AUGAGCAACGAUCGUUUCCGUGUUCCCGAUGGGCUUCGGCCACUUCUCGAGGCUUUGGCUCGCGAAUCAAUCCGUGCUCAGCCAAAGGAUUUGAUUUCUUUUGGCCAACUUUUCUUCGAUUCACUUCAACAACACAAAAUGAGUAAUCCAAGCACGAAUAUCAUCGGUGAGCCUCUUGCCUACGAAAUGUUUCGCACCGAUUUACAACGAAGGAAUAACGAGAUGGCUUCAAAAGAUGAUGAGAGACCGGGAUCUCCACUUGACACGGCUGCAACAAAGAUUCAAGCUGUAUUCAAAGGACAUAUGGUUCGCAAGAAUCCUGAGCGUUUCGGCAUCAAGCCGUCUAUGAGCAGAACUCAUAGCAGCGGAAAGAUGAGUAUGGUUGAUAACAAGAAAGAUCAAAAGCGACACAGUAUUGGCGGAUACACUAUUGAAUCGGACUCGCCCGAAGAUCGAGCUGCCACGAAAAUUCAGGCUGAGAUUCGAGGGUUCUUGGCCCGAAAAAAAGUGGAGAAAAUGAAGAAAGAAGAUGCCGAAGCGGCCACAAAAAUUCAAGCACACAUUAGGGGUUUCCUAACUCGAAAACAUCUCGAGCAACAAGGCAAAAUUUCUCCACGAGGAUCUUCAGCACACUCAUCGCGAUCCGAUUUGGAUAAG